UGUGCGUCCCCGCUCUUGGCCGGCUUCUCCAAAGUUGGUCCAGUGUCACGGGCCCUGUUGGCGCUCUGGUAGCAUCUCUGACAUGGAGGGACUGCUCUCCUUCAAGGAUGUGGCCAUUGAUUUCUCUGCAGAGGAGUGUGAAUGUCUGGACCCUGCUCAGUGGACUCUCUACAGGGAUGUGAUGCUGGAGAAUUACAGCCACCUUGUGUUCCUGGGUCUGGCUUUCUCUAAGCCGUACUUGGUCACAUUUCUCGAGCAAAGACAAGAGCCCUGGAAUGCGAAGGGAUCAGCCCCCAUCGCUGUGCACCCAGGGGCGUGGUGUUUCAAAGAAGAGAGCGAAGCUAUGAGAAAGGGGAGACACUGUGAGCAUCUAAAUGCCAAAGCUUUGCUGCCUCUGGAGGACAGGUUUCUUAAAGAUUGCUAGAUUCCACAUGCCCCUCUGUGCCUGAGCUACAUUUUUGCAGAAUCACAGGACUGAUAUCACCCUGUGAGAGUAACAAAGCAGGC